AUGAAAGAUACCCCAGACAUGCGUGUGCUGCUGCGGGCCUCCAGCGUCAUCCUCGCCUGGUUCCUGAUGAUCUGCCAGAAGACGAUGAACGUAGACGUCAGAUUUGCGUUCGUAGACGGUGGGUUUGUGCAUACCUUCCUCCAUGAUGUGGCCCCCCUCGGUGUGCGGAGAUAUGGAGUACCGCUUGCUCUUGACCUGGACUGGAGAUUGAAGCUGGCGGUGAUUUACGGUUGGAGAUGUGACUUCUCGGUCUGCGGAAUGGCUGCUGCCCUGUUCUCGCUUCUCGGAGGAUAUGUUCGGCAUAUCGAGGAGAUCCACGUCGUUCCAAAUGCACGCUGGACACCUCGCCAAUGGUCCCAAUAUGGCAUGCGUGACGGCUCGACCUACACACACACCCUAUUUCGCAUCGAACUGCAUAACGGACAGAAAUGGGCUUUAGACUUGUCCGGUUUCCAGCACGGUUGGCGGCAUGCCUUGACCCCGUGGGAGCAAUUCUGCACCACCAGGAUGAAGGGUGAGCAUUUCCAGCUAGCCAAUUUAGGAGAUGAGCUUGCCAAGUGGACUGCCCUAGCCGCCAUAUCUGAGCCACAUGCGUUUGGCGUUGAAGUAGACCGGAUCGUUCGCGAAGCCAUUCAAACCUGUUUCGGCACGGACAAUGACAUCGCCAGAAACCGCGUAUUUGAAAUGGCCCACGAAGACGACUUCCAGGAGCUCUUCAAAUCUUCCGUCGGGACGUUCGAAGAGAUGUUGGAUCGCAAUUUGCACCGGUGGUUCUAG